GAAAGCGGAAAUAAACUUAGGUGAACAUCUCGCGAUAUCUGAAAAACCACCAACCGCCUAAGUUUAAAACUCAGACAUCUUGUUUGCAAACCUGGAAAAACCUCAGAGAAAAGCAGAAAUGGCGACGAGUGGAAAGCUAUUCGGAGUUCGACGAGCAUUACUCAACAAGACGUACGAAGCAAGCAGCGUCGAAACCACUAUGGUUGAAGAAAUACUUUUUAGACAACCAGAAGAAGAAGAGAACGACGGACCCGUGGUCUUCAUCUGUGGGAAGUGCAGGCUGCCUGUUGGGGAUUCGAUGUCUUGGGAUGGAGUUGAUGACGGACAGAAUCAAAUACGACUGAAGCGUGUUACUGACAACGUCCUUGUUGGAAAGGAAAAUCGCUUGUUUGAAGUCGGCAAAAGAUGUGUUUGUCUGACGGUGGACCUCAUGUGUCGAGGAUGCCGGGCCGUGAUCGGCAUGGUUUACACCUCUACCCCUAAAUCCAUGGACCACAAGCGGUUUACGUUCUGCCUCAGUGUAGCUGACAUCGACAGCUAUGUGCUUGGUUCUGCAAGCCAGAUGUUGGCAGCAGAGGGCGCCAAAGAGCAGCCAGUCACUCUGGAGUACAGGGGCGUUGUUGAACAGCAGCUGACAGAGAUGAAAAUGCUGGUCAUGUCCAUGGCACAGAGACUGGAGAAGAUCGAAGUUGGCCUUCAGGAGGACUGUGAUGACAUGUGACAUUGAUGGGCAUCACGCAGUUGUUGCUAUGUGAGGAUAUAAGAGUCGCCUUUUACCUUAAUACCUCCUCUGAAGUUUCACCUCAACCAGACUUUUUUUUUGUACUAAAUAGAACAUUUUGUCCCAGUUUCACCUUGUGCACACGCACCUCCACUCGCCGCAUCCGCCCGGCUUUGUCCUGAUUACCAGCGGUGAAACAAAGAGCGGCUGCACUUGUAAUCAAUCAUGUUGCCAGCUCGGCUCUAGCGCCUCGUGGCACCGCCGUCUCGGUAGGUCUCGGAUGCAGAAUGAAUGCGCGCCAAGAGCAGAAUGUUAGUGUUCGGAUUUCAUCAAGCGGCCUGCACACUCAGCACAAUGCGGUAUUGAUCUGCCCAGUGGAGGCCACACACACACACACACUUAUUUUCUUUGUUCUUUUUGCUAAGCGUUUAGCCCCUUAGGCUGUCUUUCAUCACCUUUCAGUCUCAGCUAGUGAUGUUUGAAGAGUUAUCUGUUAUUACUGAAUGCAUCUCAGACUGGCACAUUUCUGGGUAACCUUUGUUCAUCCUUAUUUUCUAAUUAUCUUUUGCUUGUUUACUUUUUGUCUGUUCAGUGGAUUUCUGUGUACGAAAAUAAACUGUUUCCAAAAUU